GCCAAUUAUUCGUCGAUAACCAAGAACAAACCAUUGUUGGACGCGUUCCCCUCCUGCACGCAACCUCAUCUCGUCCUCCAGAUCCUGGAUGGCCGUCCUCCUUGAUACCUUGCCUCGCGAGUGCUCUCGAGCUAGGACUGGGAGAAAACAACAAACCCGCGUUGGAUCCUGUAUCGAUCUGGAGAAAUUUCUAAGUCGUCGUCGUCGUCGUCGUUCGGUUCGGAGCGGAUCUGAGGCGACGAUGGCUGGAGGCGGCGGGAUCUCUUGGUCUGCAGUCCUGCUUCACCUCGAUGGAUGAUGUCUCUGCGCUGAUAAUUAUUGGAUCAAUUUCGAUAAUUAUUAGUAGAUCUAUGAGAUAUGCCGCCUGGAAGAGGCGAGGUAAGCUGCAGCAUGUAAAAGUCUGCGUGCGUCGACAGCAAAAAAGAGAAAAAAAGAUGUGACAUCCUAGAGGAGGCCUUUGCCAUGAUGGGUGCGCUCGCAUGGCAGGCCAGGUAUUAAUAAAAAGAUGAUUAUUGUGUGCCGGGGGAGGAGAUCGCACGGGGGUUGAUGUUUUUGGCCCCGGGGUCUCCUCCCUCAUCUUGUUCCGUGUUCCUGUAUCCGUUGUUUCCGCGCCUGUUGGUCCGCUGCGCACGCCGGAUUUUUGCAUCGAGCACGGAGAUCUACAACAAAAACAUGGAGCUACGACGCGACUCCCAAGCAUGUUUGAACCAUAGCAAUUGGUGGACGUGUGUAGAGAAGAUUGCAAAACUGCAGUAUGAUGGAUUCCACUAUUCAUCAACCGAGAUCAUGGCGCGCUUCAAUCGUGGCUACGCUGAUGGGGAAUUGAUCCGUUAUGGCUCGUGGCUGUGGAGAUGUGGAACUCAUUGGUUAUAGUGUGCUUCAAUCAUGGGUCAUGGCGAUGCUGAUGGAACUGAUUUGUUACCAAGGUUUAAGUUUUCGCUACCGUUGGACGGCCUGACUGGUACUUUGCCCUGUUGACUGUUUGAGAACGUACUGCCCAGGUUUACUUAAUACUUGCUGCUUUUUGACGGUACUGUACAUAUUGUUCGACAAUUUAUUUCUUGGCAGUUCAAUUCGUCCAUUUAGAAUUUCUAGGGGCACGAGAGCAUGUGUUACCCUGGAGAUCAAUUUCAUGCUGCUUUUUGUAAUUGAUCAUGCUGCUUUUUGUUACAAAGUUCCCUAUUCUAUUUUCAAUUUGAUUGAGGGUUGCAAAA